GCUUUAGCUUGACCACUUUGGACUCGCACUUUAAAAGCCCCUCUGUCUCGAAAACUAUAAAAUGAAAGCCAUCUCAUGUCUCUCCAAUGAUCGACCGCCAAACCUAAAAUAACCCCAAAAAUCAACGAAGGUGUUCAGAGUUGAGCUGAUCAUACACAGAAAGAAAGUCCCAUUUUCCCAAAAAACAAAAAGCAAAAAAUUUAAAAAAAAAAAAAAAAAAAAAAAGAAUGGACUCGUCGUCUUCGUCAUCCUCUUCAUCUUCAGCAACCUCGUCUAUACACUUAGCCAUGGCGGCUUUGGUCGGAGGCUCUCUGAUGGCCAUUUCCGCCUUCUACAUCCACAAGCGCAGUGUCGACCAAGUCCUCCAGCGGCUUAUUGAGCUCCGCCGCACUACUCUCGAGGAACGCUUCGUUGCCGAAGACGAAGACGACAAUGGAGAAGGGGACGAAGAAGAGGAAGAAGAAGAAGGCCACGAUGAUGAUGGAGAGGAAGGGUUUGGUUCCGAUGGAGAUAUGGCUAUCAAUCGGAAAAUGUUGGGAAGAAGCGUAUCUAGGUCUGUAGAUGAGAACUUCCUUCGCUCUUAUAGAAUAUCGUCUUCGUUGCCGAAUGUGGCUUUUGGGAACAGCGAUUGGGUUGAGGAAGAUGGUAAAUUUGAUCGACUGCCUAAUUUUAGAGCUCAAGGAUUUUCUUCUUCUUUAGAUAAGCUUAAUUGCAUUCCUUUAGGGCUUCCACCUCUACGUACUAAUCAAAGACGUGGGGAGGAUCGGUCAAUUAGCCGCUCUGGUUCUCAUACGAUGGUGGGAUCUGUUGGAAGGUUAGUGACACCGAGAUCCCCGGGCCGCAAUGCUUUUAAUGUUGAGGAAGAUUCUGAUGAUGAUAGAACAGAGCUUGCGAAUGAAGAUGAUAUGUUUUUCAACUAUGGAAACAUAGACACUUCCGUUAAUGUGCAGGAUGUAAAUUCGGAACUUCGAAAUUCUUCUUCUGCUCCAAUGAGAAGUAAUGAUGGAAAUCGUAUGCAAGAUCAAACACGUGAUGUGACUGUGAAUGAAGCAAAAGCUGAUCUGCAAGGCGAGAGGAAAAUAGAUUCAACUUCAUAUCACUUUGCUGGCACUGGUCCAAAUUUUUCUGGCAUGAUUUUACCUCUGAAUACUUCAGUUCAAGGUUCAGAGACAAUUAACAAAGAAGAUGAAGAAGUGCGGAAAAUGAUUCGAGAAUGCUUGGAUUUGCGUCAGAAGUACCUUUAUAGAGAAAAUGUCUAUCCAUGGAUGAAAGUGGAGGUGGAUGAAAUUGGUUCAUCGGAGGGUAAAAGCAAUCCGUUUCAUUUUAAGCCUGUUGAAGCAUCAGCUCAUUCCUUCAAGAUGGAAGAUGGUGUUGGGCAUGUUUAUGCAAAAGAAAAUGAUGCUGAAGAACUUUUCCCUGUUGCAAAUUCGACAACAUUUUUCACUGAUAUGCAUCAUCUUUUAAAAGUUAUGUCUGUUGGAAAUGUUCGCUCUGCUUGCCAUCAUAGAUUAAGAUUUCUUGAGGAGAAAUUCCGUCUUCAUCUCUUAGUAAAAGCAGAUAGGGAGUUUCUGGCUCAAAAGGGUGCUCCACAUCGUGAUUUUUACAACAUUCGAAAAGUAGAUACACAUGUGCAUCAUUCUGCUUGCAUGAAUCAGAAGCAGCUUUUGCGCUUUAUCAAGUUGAAGCUAAGAAAGGAACCUGAUGAGGUUGUUAUAUUCAGAGAUGGAAAGUAUCUUACACUUAAGGAAGUUUUUGAGAGUUUGGAUUUGACAGGGUAUGAUCUGAAUGUUGAUUUAUUGGAUGUUCAUGCUGAUAAAAGUACCUUUCAUCGAUUUGACAAAUUCAACCUAAAGUACAAUCCAUGUGGACAAAGCAGAUUGAGAGAGAUAUUCUUGAAGCAAGACAAUCUUAUUCAAGGACGGUUUUUGGCUGAAGUGACAAAACAAGUUUUACUAGAUCUUGAAGCUAGCAAAUACCAGAUGGCGGAGUACAGGAUUUCGAUUUAUGGAAGAAAACAAAGUGAAUGGGAUCAAUUGGCUAGUUGGUUUGUCAACAAUUCGAUUUAUAGUGAGAACGCUGUUUGGUUAAUACAGCUUCCUCGGCUAUACAAUGUCUACAAGAAAUUGGGAAUUGUUACCUCUUUCCAGAAUAUUUUAGAUAAUGUCUUUAUUCCACUCUUUGAAGUCACAAUUGAUCCAAAUUCUCAUCCACAGCUACAUCUGUUCCUGAUGCAGGUGGUGGGCUUUGACAUUGUAGAUGAUGAAAGUAAGCCAGAGAGACGCCCAACAAAACACAUGCCUACACCUGCUGAAUGGACCAAUGAAUUUAAUCCUGCAUAUUCUUAUUAUGCCUAUUACUGCUAUGCAAAUUUAUACACUCUUAACAAGCUACGGGAAUUAAAAGGAAUGCCAACAAUAAAAUUUCGACCACAUUGUGGAGAGGCUGGUGAUAUUGAUCAUUUGGCAGCUGGGUUCCUUCUGUGCCAUAAUAUUUCUCAUGGGAUAAACCUGCGAAAGUCUCCUGUUUUACAGUAUCUGUAUUAUCUGGCACAGGUUGGAUUAUGUAUGUCACCUUUGAGUAAUAAUUCUCUUUUCUUGGACUACCACCGAAAUCCCUUUCCUGUGUUCUUCCAACGAGGCCUAAAUGUCUCACUAUCAACUGAUGAUCCUUUGCAAAUACAUUUAACUAAAGAGCCACUGGUCGAAGAAUAUAGUGUUGCAGCUAAGGUAUGGAAGCUCAGUGCUUGUGACCUUUGUGAGAUAGCGAGAAAUUCUGUUUAUCAUUCUGGCUUUUCUCAUUUUGCAAAGGCCCACUGGCUUGGUAGUAGAUACUUCUUGAGAGGUCCUGAAGGAAAUGAUAUUCAUAAGACAAAUGUACCAAACAUACGGAUUGAGUUUCGGCAUGAGUGUUUUUGCAGACAUGGAAGGAGGAAUUACAGUAUAUCUAUUCAGGAAAAGCCAGGAUUCCUGAAGAAGAAGACCCCUAAAGUGUAUAUAUAUGUACUCUGGAAAAUUCUGGAUUUCUGAAGAUAGCAUUGGAAGAAGCGGAGCAAUGAGGUGUGAAGGGGCUCCAAGGGAGACACCAUAAUGCAUUGUAGAGGGAAACACCUUACCAGUUUUGUUUCGUCGGGGCUUUAUGUUUUUGUAAGAGAGACACCAUAAUGCCCUAGAAAAUGACUUCAUUAUGCACCAUUUAAUAUCUAUAAUGCGUGUCUUCUGAUUUAGUUACCGUGUGGUCUGGUUUGGAGCCUCACUUUCCACCUAUAUUUUCCAAACUGAUGAUGAUGAACGAGAACGACAUAUUGAGGUUACCUCAUGACCCGAAUCUUAUUUUUUGGCCCAGAUCCAGAUUAAAAAUAAGCUCUUUUUUUUUUUUUUCUAAUUUUAAGUAUUUUCUUUUAAUAGUUCAUUCUUAGGGCAAAACUGCAGGUUGUACGGUCUCUUUUGACAUUUUUAAAAGGGGGGAAAAAAGUUAUCAAGCAUAGGUGCAUCUUUUCUUCA